GGCUUUCUUCACAAGAUGUGAACCCUUCACCGCACCUUGUUUACCAAUGCUGGAGUGUUUUGGACUAUUCUAGAUACAGAAAUAUAGUAGGGCCUAUGUGAGGCUUGCCCGCUGGCAUGCUAUGUGCAUAAAACGAGGGGGUUGUCAAGCACUCAGAGAAGAAACAACUCCUUUUCCACUCCACCAUUCUUGACACGAAGUCAGCGCCGAGCCGUAUUUCUCCAACCACUCACAAUAACGAAACCCACUAGCAACACCUCGUCAAACCCCCAAUACCCUGAUACAACGAUACGCCGAGACGCCGAGACAGCCAUGUUUAGACUCUUUACCAAACUAGCCCCUGCAGCUCCUCGCACAGAGGUCCAACCUUCCGUUCAAGUUAGACGAUUCCUUACGGGCACUUCAGAGAGUGCCGGAGACACCCACCCCUUUUCCCGGGCACAGCCAAACUUGGGAGCCUCUUCCAGGUUUUCGUCGGAGCAGACCCCCAGAACGGUUGAUGGCUUGGUAUAUGGUCCAAUCGGUAAUAAGGUGGAUGAUAACUAAUGAAAUUUUGGAUAGCAAAACUGUAAAUCUGGUGACAGUGCCUCUCCAUUGUCACUGCCUGGGGUAUGGAUCAUGUUUAUAGGUUCUGUUUGAAUAGUGUUUAUCAUACUAAUUGGUAGUAGUGUCCGGAACUGUUUAAAUGUGAUGUCGGUCAAGUUAUGGCAAAACAGUAUGCACAGAUCGAAGGACUCAUGAGCAAACAGCAUAGCGAGCUGAAAUCGGAUAUGACGAAAACUGAAGCGAGGCUGGAGUCGGUGGUGGGGAGGUUCAGAGAUGAGCUUAAAUCGGAUAUGACGGGGGUUAAAACUGAGUUGAAGGGUGAUAUACGGGAGCUGAAAUCGGAUAUGACGAAAACUGAAGCGAGGCUGGAGUCGGUGGUGGGGAGGUUCAGAGAUGAGCUUAAAUCGGAUAUGACGGGGGUUAAAACUGAGUUGAAGGGUGAUAUACGGGAGCUGAAAUCGGAUAUGACGGGGGUUAAAACUGAGUUGAAGGGUGAUAUACGGGAGCUGAAAUCGGAUAUGGCAGAAAAAAAAAGGGAUCUGAACUCUACGGUGGGGGAAAUAACAAAGGAAGUCAAAAAUUUUAGUCGCAAGACUUAUAUUUUGGUUGGGUCCGGGAUGCUGGUAUGCUUGAUAUAUUUAUUGACAUUUUAUUGAUUCAAUGCUAAUACUAUUAGACUGUACCAUUACUCAUCGAUCAGUACAAGUCUUUUAUGAAACUGCCGUGGGGUGCAAUGCCUGAGGCUAGUCCAGAGCCAUCGCAACUUGUGUCUAGGUCAGCGGACAUUGGAAAGGUGGAACAAAAAAAGUAGUCUGUUUUGGCAUGGGUCUUGUAUCAGUUACCUUUGUGAGGUGGAUAUACUCGGGACUUGAUUUUUAUUAUUAUUAGCAUUGUUCUCAUGCCCCCCUUUUUUUUUUGUUCCUACCUUGAUCGACUAAGCAAAGUAGGUAGAUUGAAUCAUUGUUUUACAAGUG